ACCUGUGGAGGGGGCGGCGCCCCAACGGCAGCGCCGGGGCUGGGGGAGGGGAGCCUAUUCACGCCCUACUCCCGGGCGGUGACUCAUCAACGAGCACCAGCGGCCAGAGGUGAGCAGUCCCGGGAGGGGGCCGAGAGGCGGGGCCGCCAGGUCGGGCAGGUGUGCGCUCCGCCCCGCCGCGCACACAGAGCGCUAGUCUUUCGGAGAGCGAGCACCCUCGACGGGGUCCGGGGACCCCCUCGUCGUUGUCCUCCCGACGCGGACCCGCGCGCCCCAGGCCUCGCGCUGCCGGGCCGGCUCCUCGUGCCCCACUCCCGGCGCACGGCCUCCCGCGAGUCCUCGGCCCCUCCCGCGCCCCUCUUCUCGGCGCGCGCGCAGCAUGGCGCCCCCGCAGGUCCUCGCGUUCGGGCUUCUGCUUGCCGCAGCGACGGCGACUUUUGCCGCGGCUCAGAAAGAAUGUGUCUGUGAAAACUACAAGCUGGCCGUAAACUGCUUUAUGAAUAACAAUAGUCAAUGCCAGUGUACUUCAAUUGGUGCACAAAAUACUGUCAUUUGCUCAAAGCUGGCUGCCAAAUGUUUGGUGAUGAAGGCAGAAAUGAAUGGCUCAAAACUUGGGAGAAGAGCAAAACCUGAAGGGGCCCUCCAGAACAAUGAUGGGCUUUAUGAUCCUGACUGCGAUGAAAGCGGGCUCUUUAAGGCCAAGCAGUGCAACGGCACCUCCACGUGCUGGUGUGUGAACACUGCUGGGGUCAGAAGAACAGACAAGGACACUGAAAUAACCUGCUCUGAGCGAGUGAGAACCUACUGGAUCAUCAUUGAACUAAAACACAAAGCAAGAGAAAAACCUUAUGAUGGUAAAAGUUUGCGGACUGCGCUUCAGAAGGAGAUCACAACGCGUUAUCAACUGGAUCCAAAAUUUAUCACAAAUAUUUUGUAUGAGAAUAAUGUUAUCACUAUUGAUCUGGUUCAAAAUUCUACUCAAAAAACUCAGAAUGAUGUGGACAUAGCUGAUGUGGCUUAUUAUUUUGAAAAAGAUGUUAAAGGUGAAUCCUUGUUUCAUUCUAAGAAAAUGGACCUGACAGUAAAUGGGGAACAACUGGAUCUGGAUCCUGGUCAAACUUUAAUUUAUUAUGUUGAUGAAAAAGCACCUGAAUUCUCAAUGCAGGGUCUAAAAGCUGGUGUUAUUGCUGUUAUUGUGGUUGUGGUGAUAGCAAUUGUUGCUGGAAUUGUUGUGCUGGUUAUUUCCAGAAAGAAGAGAAUGGCAAAGUAUGAGAAGGCUGAGAUAAAGGAGAUGGGUGAGAUGCAUAGGGAACUUAAUGCAUAACUAUAUAAUUUGAAGAUUACAGAAGAAGGGAAAUAGCAAAUGUGGACGCAAAUUACAAAUGUAUGCGCGUGGGACGAAGACAUCUUUGAAGGUCAUGAGUUUGUUAGUUUAACAUCAUAUAUUUGUAAUAGUGAAAUCUGUACUCAAAAUAUAAGCAGCUUGAAACUGGCUUUACCAAUCUUGAAAUUUGACCAUAAGUGUCUUAUAUAUGCAGAUCUAAUGUAAAAUCCAGAACUUGGACUCCAUAGUUAAAAUUAUUUAUGUGUAACGUUCAAAUGUGUGCAUUAAAUAUGCUUCCACGGUAAAGUUUGAAAAACUAUCUGAUUUGUGAUUGAAAGCUGCCUUUCUAUUUACUUGUGUCUUGUACAUACAUACUUUUUUAUGAGCUAUGAAAUAAAACAUUUUAAACUGAA